GUUAGGGUUUUAGCAUGCCAGGGCAAUGCUGAGCUUGAAGAAAUGCAGGGAGCGUUUGCUCGUACCGUGCAAUGCGAGGCUCCUGGCGACUGGCACGGGAGGCGGCGGAGGCGAUUCCAAGGGCGGGGGCCGCAAGGGCGGGAUAGAUUUCGAUGCGCUCUUCAAAUCGGUGAGUAGGCCACAGGAGAAGAAGGAAGGGGCGGGCGAGCCGAUCGAUUUCAAGAAGCUGUUUGGGAAUACUGUGGCGGACAAGAGCCAGUUCAAGCUGGAUCUCACGCCCCCCAAGCGGGAGGGAGGGACGAUCGACAGUGAAAAGCUCAAGAUUGAUCUCAGCAAGCUGUUCGCUGAUAGUCCUGGCACUAGAACAACGCCUGGCGAUGGGGGUCUCAAGGGAUUCAAGCUCGAUUUGUCCAAGAUCAAGAGCAAGGCUCCUCAAUUGCCACCGAAAGAAGGAACUACCAGCGCCGCUCAAGAUGUUGCGUUGAAGAAGAUGGGCAUUUUGAACAAGUUUGCUGAUGUCACCGGCCCGAGUCUCAAGCCUGUUCCUCCAAAAGAUCAUCUUUUGGAGAAGUAUCUUGCUCCGGAGAAUAUGUCCGCGGCCGAGUUUCAAAAGAUCGAGCUACAGAAAGUGAGAAGCGAGUUUAAGCUGCAUGAUGCCGACUGUGGUUCCUCUGGAGUCCAGAUUGCAGCGCUGACGAAGAAAAUGAGCUUCCUUUCCAAGCAUCUUAUGACACACAAAAAGGACGUCCCUUCGCGUCGAAGCAUGAACACAAUGGUCCAGAGGCGGAGAAAGCUCAUGAUUUAUCUCCGGCGCACCGACUGGCCGAUGUACUGCUACGUGAUCAGCCGAUUGUUACUCAAAGAUAGGAUCCAAGUCUCCAACCGAGCGAUGCAAGCGGGCACCAAGAAGAAAACCAUGAAGGACAAGCGGCGAAGGAAGAAGAGGAAGGUGAAGAAAAGCGAGAAAUACAGGAAGAAAGCUAACGACGUUUGAUUGAGAAAAUGUCUUUCAGGCUUGAAGCGACUUGGAAAGGAAAUUCCUUGUACAAUCUGUGGCAGACUAGCGCUCCCAGCUUUCACUUAUUUCCUUGAGCUCAUCCCAGAAAGGUACCUACAAAGUUCGAGUUUUGUGGGAUAACUUUGAAGUCUCUGUUUUGAUUGAGCUGAAGGACUAGAACUCGAACUUUAUAGGUGUUUUCAUUCUCUCGUCAUGAUCCCUGGCGAUAUCUCUCCCGCUCGAGCAGUGGUUUGGCAACCAAAACCUCGCUCUCACUGAUCGAGCUCGAGUCUGGAGCAAAGCUCGGGAGCACGAGGUUACACUCCUCUCCAUAAACUUUCCCCGUGAAUUCUUCACUUGAUAUCACCACACUGGGUUCCUGGCACCGUUGAGUCUCGUCUAAAUCCUCCCUGUCAAAGCUUGGGUCUGGAAGAGCACGCCUAGUCGGAAAUCAGAAUAAUAAAGCUUUACAAAGCUAGAUUUUUUGUU